AUGUAUGUCGUCGCCUCUUCCUGCAUAGUCAGGCAUCUCACUGACCUCGACAACAGGACUGUCUUUGCGCUCAUUGUCAUUAACAAGGCUGGAGGCUUGAUCUAUAAUCGCACAUUCCAUGAGGGCGGCCUCAAUCAGCUGAGCACAAAUGAUUACCUCGUCCUAGCAGGCACGUUUCACGGUGUCCACGCCAUCACCGCCCGUCUGAAUCCUUUGAUGAGCCGGCAAGACGCUGCGGCGGCAGCGACAGCAGCCAGCGUGACAGCGGCGGGUGGCAUUCCUUCGCGACCCGAACCGCCGACAGGGCUAGAGGUCAUGGAGUCGGAGAACUUCCGGAUGCAGUGUUUCAACACCAUGACGGGCACCAAGUUUCUGCUAUUCACCGAUACGACACAAACCAAUAUCGACGUCACCCUGCGGAGGAUAUACGACCUAUACAGCGAUUAUGUCAUGAAAAAUCCCUUCUACCAGUUGGAGAUGCCGAUCCGUUGCGAAAUGUUUGAGCGCAAGCUGCUGUCGUACAUCCGGGAGAUCAACAAUCGUUAG